AUUAACUAGGAAGUUUUCAAAUGGAAAAAUGAUUUAAAACUUGUUUAUCUCGUCAGUUUUGUUGUUGGAACCGAGGAAUGAUUCUAAUAGUUUGAAUUGAAUAAAAAUGGCAAUAGCCGUGGAAUUCAUUUUAUCUUUGUUGCUGUUAUCUGCGACUGUGCGUUCGGAAGAUCCAGUUUGGUAUACUUCAGGUGUUAACGUUGCGCCUGAAAACCCUGUUGAUAGAGACUUAACGAACCACUCGCAUAGUGUUCCAUGCGCUACCAUAACCUUGCAUCAGUAUUCAAAUGAAGAUGAGUAUUUGUGGGACGCGGUUCUCCGGUGCACUUACUUUAUAUCAGGAAUUAAAAUACAUCACAGUGACAACGCAGCUCGUGAAAAGUUAUACGGAUUGACGAUUAUGACUAAUUAUCAAGGUUUUAAAACGGUGUUUGCAGACAAUGAAACGCACCUUUCGCAGUGCACGGAAUAUCAUGAACGAAAGGACACACCGCUGGUAUGUAAAGAUAUAAUAGAUGUCGCAUUGGAACCUCCGGUUCAAGCUGACCUUGUUAGACUGAAGUUAAAAUCUAACGUGACCCUCUGUGAGGUAGAAAUCAUAGCAGUCGUCUGCAAACUCCCAAAUGUUCCAAAUGGUGGAACGCAUGGCGAAGCUAAUACCUUACCUGGUUCAUCACUUACCCUGAAAUGUAAUGCGGGCUAUUUUACAAAAUCAUUGACCUCAAUGUGCACUGCACAUGGCACAUGGGAUCCUCAACCAAGAUGUACUAAAGCUUGCACGGUACCACCAUUUCUUAACGGGAAAUACACUUAUGCCAACUCUGAAGCUUUAAUUACUGGUAUGUGA